CCUCUGUUCUGCACCAAACUUGUUACCAUGGACACUGCUGUUUGCGUCUAGCUGCCACCACAACACAGAGAGUAUGCUGCUGCCUAUUUUAGAGAAGUCAAUUCUUGCUAUUUUUAGGGCGACACAGUGAGAAAAUGUAGCUCCCAGUAAGCUUUGUGUCAUUUUCACGACUUCUUAGUCAAUUACUUUGGUUUGGAAUUGGCCGGUGGUGGUGCACGGAGCGUUUCAUUCUCGCAUUCUGACAGCCAUCUGCUGGCUGCGGGGAAGCUGUCACGGAUGUCUGAAGAAGAGCCUGUAAAGGUGUCCUAUAUUUUCCCAAAUGGAGACAAAUAUGUCUGUCAACUUCUCCACAGAGGGGGAGUGCAGCAGGGGUGCUUCAGGGGCGAUGGUGAGGAGUGGGCCUGGUAAACACACCUCGGCAGGGGGUGUAAUAUACACUGGAGAGUGGACUGAAGACAAAGUGUGUGGCAAGGGGACCAUGCAGCAUCCUUCUGGAGCAAUAUAUGAAGGAGAAUUCAAAGACAACAUGUAUGAAGGCACAGGAACAUACACCUUCACUGAUGGCUCGACAUACAAAGGUCAAUUUCACAAAAAUAGGUUGGAAGGAGAAGGGGUGUUUACUGACACACAGGGGCUGGUUUGGAUGGGGCAGUUCCAUGGCAAAUCAGCACUGGGCCUGAAAAUGCAGCACAACUUUUAGACAAAACAAACAUUUUUGUGUACAUUUUGUAAGAAAAUAAACUCUGUUUGAAAAAAAA